AUGGCUCCUGAUCUCAACACCAUGCCGCCCUCGGCAGUCCAAGUGCCCGUGUCCGGCCCUGGUGCUGCUACCGAGCCGCCCAACAUCUUGUACAUCAUGGCCGACCAGCUUGCCGCGCCACAGCUCAAAAUGUACAACCCCGAGUCUCAGAUCAAGACGCCUCACCUUGACCGCCUGGCCGCUCAGUCGGUUCAGUUUGACUCGGCGUACUGCCCUUCCCCGCUCUGCGCUCCCUCGCGCAUGAGCAUGGUCUCGGGCUUGCUGCCCAUGAAGAUUGGUGCUUUCGACAAUGCCUCGCAGAUCAACUCGGAAAUCCCCACCUACGCUCAUUAUUUGCGCUCCAAGGGUUAUCACACAGCUCUGGCGGGCAAGAUGCACUUUGUCGGAGAUCAACUCCACGGCUACGAGCAGCGCCUGACAUCGGACAUUUACCCUGGUGACUUUGGUUGGGCUGUCAACUGGGACGAGCCUGAUGCUCGUCUCGAGUGGUAUCACAACGCCAGUUCCAUUCUGCAAGCUGGUCCUUGCGCUCGUAGCAACCAGCUCGACUACGAUGAAGAGGUCAUGUUCAAGAGCACCCAAUACAUUUGGGACCACGUGCGCGAGGGGCCCAAAAAGCGGCCAUUUUGCUUGACGGUAUCCCUCACUCACCCGCACGACCCUUACACAAUCACAAAAAAGUAUUGGGACCGCUACGAAGAUGUGGACCCGACGCUUCCCAAGGUCCGCAUCCCAAAGGAGGAGCAGGACUCUCACAGCAAGCGCCUGCUGAAGGUCUGUGAUCUUUGGGACCAAGACUUCACCGAUGAACAGAUCAAGCGUGCGAAGCGCGCCUACUACGGCUCCGUCAGCUACGUCGAUGACAACAUUGGCAAGCUGCUGGAGACGUUGGAAGAUGCUGGUCUUGCCGACAACACUAUUGUCAUCUUCAGCGGCGACCACGGCGACAUGCUGGGCGAGCGUGGCUUGUGGUACAAGAUGAGCUACUUUGAGUCGUCCGUCCGCGUUCCUAUGCUCAUCUCCUAUCCCAAGUGGUUUGCUCCCCACCGCGUCUCGCAGAACGUCUCAACUCUCGACAUUCUGCCUACGCUUUGCGACCUAGUCAACACCAAGCCCUCGCCCUAUCUUCCAAUGGAUGGGGUGAGCAUGCUCCCCCAUCUCAAGGGCGAGCAAGGCGGUGACACCGUGUUCGCCGAGUACACUGGUGAGGGCACGGUCCGCCCUCUGUUCAUGAUCCGCCGUGGCGACUGGAAGUUCAUCACUUGCCCCGCGGAUGACCCCCAGCUGUUCAACCUCAAGCGUGACCCCGAGGAGCUGGACAACCUGGCUCGUUUCCGGAAGAUCCAACCGCAGACACCAGAGCAGCAAGAGGCCAAGGAGAUUUUUGAAAAAUUCGAGACCGAGGCAGCUGCCCGCUGGGACUACGACGCCAUCACCGCGCAGGUCUUCCAGUCGCAGCGCAGUCGCCGUGUUGUCUGGGAUGCUCUGAAGAUUGGCCACUUUACCAGCUGGGACCACAACCCAGACGACGAUGGUCGCCAAAAGUAUAUUCGCUCGACUAUUCCUCUCGACGACCUCGAGCGCCGCGCCCGCUUCCCUGCCGUCGAUGUCCACGGCCACGAGGUGACCGCCAAGAAGGUGGUCAACAGCACCCGCUGUUGA